CAUCGACAGCGUCUUCAGAAAACAUUCUGUACACCACACUCGAAUUGGUUGUCCCUCUAUGGAAUUACUGAGGAAUAUCGGGACUCCAGCCACAAAUAAUAUGUGCGAGUCUACGACGAGGUCCUGCGAACCUCGCAGGAAGAGAUCAGAUGAACGCAAUGUGCCUUCAGAGAUGGCCAGAAUAAUCACGGACGCUGCCACUGGGAAGUGCUACUGCCGUGGCAAAGUUUUGGGAAAGGGAGGUUUUGCAAAAUGUUACGAGAUGACAGACCUCUCCACGAGCAAAGUUUACGCAGCCAAAAUCAUUCCCCACACGCGCGUCUCCAAACCUCACCAACGGGAAAAGAUCGACAGAGAGAUCGAGUUGCACAAGGUGCUCCAUCAUAAACACAUAGUGCACUUUUAUCACCAUUUCGAAGACAAGGAGAACAUAUACAUUCUGUUGGAAUACUGCAAUAGAAAAUCCCUCGCCCAUAUCCUAAAGGCCCGUAAGGUGCUCACUGAGCCAGAGGUCCGUUACUACUUGAGGCAGAUUGUCUCUGGACUCAAGUAUCUGCAUGAACAGGAGAUCCUCCAUAGAGAUCUCAAAUUAGGUAACUUCUUUGUAAGCGAGUCCAUGGAACUGAAAGUGGGAGACUUUGGUCUGGCUGCCAAGUUGGAGCCGGCUGGGAACCGAAGGAAAACAAUCUGUGGGACCCCCAACUACCUCUCCCCCGAGGUGCUUAACAAGCAGGGCCACGGCUGCGAGUCGGAUAUCUGGGCCCUGGGCUGUGUGAUGUACACCAUGCUGCUUGGCAGACCUCCCUUUGAGACCACCAACCUGAAGGAGACAUACAGGUGCAUACGAGAGGCUCGCUACUCCCUGCCCUCCUCCCUGUCCUCCCCGGCCAAGCAGCUCAUCUCCAGUCUGCUGACCAAGUCCCCUGAGGACAGACCACACCUGGACCACAUUCUGAGACACGACUUCUUCAUCCAGGGCUUCAGUCCAGAGCGCCUACCGCCCAGCUGCUGUCACUCGGCACCAGAUUUCCAUGUCUCCAGUCCUGCCGAGAGCUUCUUCAAGAAGGCUGCUGCGGCGCUAUUCGGGGGCAAGAGGGACAAGGUCAAAUACUACGAGACUCUGAAUAAACAAACUAAAGAGGAAGAGGAGAUCUACAAACUGCAACAUGACCUCAAGAGAACAGCCAUCAGCCAGCAGAGCAAUCCGCUGCCAGAGGAUGGAAGGCCACUUCCGCCAUCUGCCGAUCGGUCUGUUGCCGCGGUAACGGAGACCCAAUCCCCGACGGCUCCAGAUACCAUUCGUCUCAUUGUCAGGGGCAGCCUGGGGAGCUGCAGCAGCAGCAGUGAAUGCCUGGAAGACAACACAACAGGGAGUGUGGCUGACACUGUGGCAAGUGUCUUCAGAGGAUGCAUAGAGAACAUGCCUAAAGCCGCAGAUAUUCCCAAGGGCUCGGGGAGCAGUCACCUUCAGUGGGUGACUAAGUGGGUGGACUACUCAAACAAGUACGGCUUCGGCUACCAGCUGUCUGAUAACACCGUGGGAGUUCUCUUCAACAACGGCACACACAUGAGCAUACUGCCAGACAGGAAAACCAUCCACUACUACGCUGAGUUGGGCAAGCGCGCCGUCUUCCCGACCUGCGAGGUUCCCGAACACUUUGUGGGCCAGGUGACCGUGCUGAAGUACUUCUCCCACUACAUGGAGGAGAACCUGAUGGACGGCGGGGAUCUGUUGAGCACGACAGACACGCACAUGCCCAGACUCUACCUGCUGCAGUGGCUCAAGUCCGACCGCGCCCUCAUGAUGCUCUUCAACGACGGCACCUUUCAGGUCAACUUCUACCACGACCACACCAAGAUCAUCCUGUGCUGCCAACAGGAGGAGUACCUGCUGACGUACAUCAAUGAGGACCGGGUGUCCACCACGUUCAAGCUCAGUGCCCUGCUCACCUCCGGCUGCCCCAAAGACCUGCGUGAACGCAUGGAGUACUCCCUCAGCAUGCUAAUGCAAAGGAGCAGCUGAACAAAAGCCGAGCGCUUCAGUGUGUUUCAAGAGGAAGAGGAGGGGGAGAGGAAGUCUAUGCAGCUGGAAAAGAAAACGUGUUCAUCUCACUGGUGCAGUGGAAGCCGAGGCUGAUUCAUAUGAAUGAACUAUGCAUAAAGAAAGGCAUGGUAUCUUGAGGAUUAAGAUAUGUGUGCAGGAUUAAUGAGGUGAUCACCCACGGACACACCUGGGUGACUGGGCAUGAGUGGAAAUGAACAAAGAUCGACAGAGUUCUGGAGAAGAAUGUUGUGCGAAGGGCUAAUUCAACUGAGGAAAUGGCAGAUUUUUGUAUGUUGAUCGCUGGGGGAGUAUGAAGAGGGGAAAGUAUGGGACAGUUUAUGUCAGAAUAAGGAAUGUUGGUACGAAUGGGAACCCUGUUAGUGCCAGGGCAAAGACGGAAAAGAUGCCUGAAAAGAAAAAAGAGAAGGACUGGGCCGGUACCAGCUAACUUGUUAAUAAUGUUGUGGACCUUUUUUCUGAUUUUUUAAAACCAAUACAUUGGUCAAAGAUGCCAAAGCAUCACGGAAUCAGAGUCAUCAUGUAAAUUAUGUACAGAGUGUAAAUACAGCCAUCUCUGCAGAGCAGAGGUGUGUGUGUGUGUGUGUGUGUGUCUAACUUUGAAACUGUGAUUUAUUCUUUUCAUGUGCUCAGUUCGCCGGACUGGAAAAAAUGGGGAUAAGUGUGAGGGGAGAGUGACAUUUAGAAUACAGUACUACAGGGCCCCUGAGGACCCCUUUGGUGCCAUUAGCCUUGGUAGAAAAUGUGGUAAAUAACUUAUUGUGUACAAAGUGCAGUAUUUAUUUAUUUAAUAAAAGGAUUGAUUAACAAACAUGUUUAGUUGU